CAUUUUCCUUUGCCACUGCCGACCCUCCCGACCCUUGAAAAGCCCUCCAAAACACGAUCUGUCUCGUAUUCCCGAAAAACCCUUCCUCUCUCUAACUCAAUUUCUAAAACCCGAUCUUUCUCAUAUUCCCCAUAACCCCUCAUCUUUCCAUCUCAAUCGCAAAGAAGAAAGAAGAAAAUGGCGCAGAGAGAGAAAGAGGAGACGGAAUUCAAGGUUCCCGGAAACCUAACCCUCUGCAUCAACAACUGCGGAUUUUCCGGCAAUCCGGCGACGAAGAACAUGUGCCAGAAGUGCUUCCAAGCCGCUGGAAUCCUGACGCCUCCGUCCUGCUCCGGCCACGACAAGCCCAAACCAGCCUCGAUCCGCUUGCAGGAGAGGGAGAUACCGGUGAUGGCCAUCCAGGACCGGCGUCGAGAGCCGGUGGACCAGUCGGACCUGGCUCGGCAGGUGAACCGGUGCUUGUGUUGCCGGAAGAAGGUCGGGCUGACCGGAUUCCGUUGCCGGUGUGGGGAUCUAUUCUGCUCGAAGCAUCGGUAUUCAGACCGGCACGUGUGCAGCUACGAUUAUAAGGCUGCCGGAAGGGAGAUGAUCGCUCGGGAGAAUCCGGUGGUGAAAGCGGCGAAGAUCAUUAGGGUUUGAGGGGCAAAAGUGGAAAGAAUGCAAAAGCCAUUUUCCGUCUUCUCUGUUUUGAGAAGGAAGGUGACUCGAUCUCGUGAUUGUUUCUGCAACAAGAGAGAGAGAGAGAGAGAGAGAGAGAGAGAGAGAGAGGGGUAUGAUUAUUG